AUGUCUAAUGUCGGCGGAGACGGCCGGUAUCUCUCCGAAAAGCGGGAAAAGUAUGCCACUCCCGGCGUCAAGUCCAGACGUAACAUUAUCAUACUUGCUGUUAUUGGCGGUCUUAUUGUCAUCAUCGUGGCAGUCGUUGUCCCUCUUUAUUUCACAGUCAUCAAAUCCCACACAAACUCUCAGGAUAAUGUCGUCUCUCCCUCUAAAGGUGCAUCGGCGUCGGCUUCUGCGUCGAGUUCUAGUGCCCCCGCCGCUCGGGCAGUGAUCACCGGAGGGGACGGUAGUAAGGUUACGACAGAAGAUGGAACCACUUUCACCUAUCAAAACAACUUCGGUGGAUACUGGUAUUACGACUCUGAAGAUCCUUUCAACAAUGGCGCACGAGCCCAAUCGUGGAGCCCCGCUUUGAACCAGACAUUCAAAUGGGGGGUUGAUCGAAUCCGCGGGGUCAACCUUGGUGGUUGGUUGAACACAGAGCCAGUAUGUUUCAUUUCUCCUGCCCUGUAUCAAAAAUACCUGAAUAGUUCUCCUCAAGCCAUCGACGAAUGGACUCUGAGCGUCAAUAUGGCUGCAGACACUGCCAGCGGCGGGCUCAACCAGCUGGAAGAACAUUAUAAGACAUUCAUCACGGAGCAAGACUUCGCUCAGAUUGCUGGUGCUGGUCUAAAUUUUGUCCGUAUACCUCUGCCUUUUUGGGCAAUUGAGACUCGUGAUGGAGAGCCUUUCUUGGCCAACACCGCUUGGAAAUAUUUCCUCAAAGCCAUCGAGUGGGCGCGGAAAUACGGCAUUCGGAUUAACUUAGACCUACACGCCAUGCCUGGCAGCCAAAAUGGGUGGAAUCAUUCUGGGAGACUUGGAACUAUCAACGUACUUAACGGAACUAUGGGUUAUGCCAACGCUCAACGAUCCCUUGAUUAUAUCCGCAUACUUGCCGAGUUUAUAUCCCAACCUCAGUAUCGAGAUGUGGUCGUCAUGUUUGGUAUCAUGAAUGAGCCGUCAGGAACAACCAUGGGUCAAGAUAACCUCUCUCGAUUCUACUUCCAAGCAUACAAUUCUGUUCGUCAAGCAGGUGGAAUUGGUGCAGGCAAUGGUCCCUUCAUUUCUUACCAUGACGGGUUCCUUGGCCUCGAUAAAUGGUCAGGGUUCUUGGACGGAGCCGAUCGCAUCUCGCUGGACUAUCACCCGUACCUCUGUUUCGCUGACCAGUCAACGUUACCAAUGGCGCAGCAGACAACAAGACCCUGCGAUGCUUGGGGUGCAACCAUGAACACGUCAAUGGCAGCAUUCGGUCUUACUGCCGCUGGCGAGUUCAGUAACGCUGUCACCGACUGUGGUUUAUACGUCAACGGUGUCAAUCUGGGUACGCGCUAUGAGGGAACUUACCCUGGCAAUCCUUCCCGAGUUGGUAGUUGCGAUCCUUGGAUUGAUUGGCAAACUUGGGACCAGUCUAUGAAGGACAGCAUCAAGGCUUUCGCUAUGUCGAGCAUGGACGCCCUCCAGAACUGGUUCUUCUGGACAUGGAAAAUUGGCAAUUCCACGCGUGGUGUAGUAGAAGCCCCUGCUUGGUCUUACCAACUUGGUCUAGAGAAUGGCUGGAUGCCAACAGACCCUCGAGAAGCCGAUGGAGUCUGCGGAAAUAGUAACCCUUGGACUGGUUCGCUGACAGCUGCACAGACUGGAGGAGCAAGCUCUAGCAUCCCUGCGGCUCAGUCUUCGCAAUAUGCGUGGCCACCUACAACUGUCAAGAAUGCGGACGGUGCUGCGUCCCUUCUCCCUACAUACACCCCUACGGGCGUGAUCCCUACUCUUCCUGCUCCGACAUUCACCGCAUCCGGUACCUCUACGAUCAGUGCUGGUAACGGAUGGGCCAACCCAACAGAUACUGCUGGGCUGAUGGUUCCCGUUUCUGGCUGCACGUAUUUGAGCCCUUGGGUAGAGUCGGCUGUGGCUGCUCCACCUGUAUGCACUCCUGGCUCGAAACGUUCUCUUCAGGAUGUCUCAGAGCCGUUAAUCACGCGUGCACCAUAG